GCUGUUGACAGCGUCUGCGGCGGCGGCCGGUUCCGGGUUCAGAGGAGGCUGCACGCGGGAGGCGUGCGGCGGGGCCAUCCGGGUUUCAGCAGAUGUGAAGCGAAUGGAGCAGCCGCCUCAGCAGCCGUGGGGGAGGCUCCUCCGCCUGGGCGCUGAGGAGGGCGAGCCGCCUGUCCUCCUGCGGAAACGGGAGUGGACCAUCGGGCGGAGGAGAGGUUGUGACCUUUCGUUUCCUGGCAAUAAACUGGUCUCUGGAGAUCACUGUAAAAUUAUAGUGGAUGAGAAAUCCGGUCAGGUGUCACUAGAAGAUACCAGCGCCGAUGGAACAGUAAUUAACAAGCUGAAAGUUGUUAAGAAGCAGACUUGCCCUUUACAGACGGGGGAUGUCAUCUACUUGGUGUACAGGAAGAAUGAGCCAGAGCACAACGUGGCGUACCUCUACGAGUCUUUAAAUGAGAAGCAAGGCAUGACCCAGGACUCCCAUGCGGCCAGUGAAGAAACCAUGUUCCACGUGACCAAAGAUACCUCAGGCGCAGGGCAAGGGGAUGAGCCCCAGGGCCUGCUGCUGUCGCCCACCACUCAGGCGUGCUUUGCAGAGCCACAGCCAUCGACAUCGGCAUCGGCAUCGGCAUCGGACCUCUUCCCCCCGGCUGCUGCCUCUUCCGGGGAGCCCCCUGCCGGGCGAGCACCGCCCUCCAGCUCUGCCGUCGGAGGUGCCAGCAUCUCCUCGAAAGCGUGUGGUCCACCAGUGACAAGCGAAGACACCUCCAGUGUCCCUUCAGCUGUCCCCAGCAGAGAGGGAACAUCCUUUCCUCCAUCAGAACCGCAGGAUCCGGAGGGUCUGGAGCCUGUUAAGAAGAGAAUGAAAGGAGAUGAAGAGCCCACCCCGAACCUACAGUUGUCGGUCACAGACCAGGGCAGGGACACCCACAGUGCCCCUGAGGAGGUCAGGGCUGCAGCCGAGAAACCCGACAGGAUGGAGGAGCAGCUCACGUGCUGCAUCUGCCAGGACCUACUGCACGACUGCGUGAGCCUGCAGCCCUGCAUGCACACCUUCUGCGCGGCCUGCUACUCGGGCUGGAUGGAGCGCUCCUCGCUGUGCCCCACGUGCCGCUGUCUGGUCGAGCGGAUUUGUAAGAACCACAUCCUUAACAACCUGGUGGAGGCGUACCUUCUCCAGCACCCAGACAAGAGGCGGAGCGAGGAAGAUGUGCAGAGUAUGGCUGCCAGGAACAAGAUCACUCAGGAUAUGCUGCAGCCCAAAGUCAGGAGAUCUUUCUCAGAUGAGGAGGACAGUUUGGAGGACCUGCUGGACCUGUCAGAUGAGGACAGCGAAUCCUCGGAUGUUAGCCAGCCGUACACUGUGUGCAGACAGUGCCCCGAGUACCGGCGGCAGGUGGGGCGCCUCUUUCCCUGCCCGGGGCCUGGCAGCGAGCCGCGGGCACUGCAGGCGUCCGGGGACACGCCGUCGACAUCCUCCAGUGUCACACCAGCCCAGGACUUUGUGUGCACCCUGCAAGGGAGCCAUGCCAUAUGCACCUGCUGCUUCCAGCCCAUGCCUGACCGCAGGGCAGAGCGUGAGCAGGACCCCCGCAUCGCCCCCCAGCAGUGUGCCAUCUGUCUGCAGCCCUUCUGCCACCUGUACUGGGGCUGCGCCCGGACCGGCUGCCUCGGCUGCCUGGCCCCCUUCUGCGAGCUCAACCUGGGAGACAGGUGUCUGGACGGGGUGCUGAACAACAACAACUAUGAGUCCGACGUCCUGAAGAAUUACCUGGCAGCCAGGGGCAUGACCUGGAAGAACGUGUUGGCCGAGAGCCUGGCGGCGCUGCAGAGGGGAGUGUUCCUGCUGUCCGAUUACAGGGUCGUGGGGAGCACCGUGCUAUGUUACUGCUGCGGUCUGCGGAGCUUCCGAGAGCUGGCCUACCAGUACCGGCAGAACAUUCCCGCCUCCGAGCUGCCAGUGGCUGUAACUUCCCGUCCCGACUGCUACUGGGGUCGCAAUUGCCGCACUCAGGUGAAGGCCCACCACGCCAUGAAAUUCAAUCACAUCUGUGAACAGACAAGGUUCAAGAACUGACUGUCUGCAGAGGCACCGGGCUGGCUCGGGAGCAUAGGGGUCAGUGACUGCGUGUUUCAGGAAGAGCUAAAUAUGAACAUUGUAAGGGCAUUUUACCCUCCCCUCAGGGCACGCUGGGGGUCUCUGCGUUCAGCACUCUGGUGUGACUUUUUCUUCUGUGGAGGAGACCCUCUCGGUGAGGCCCCAGCAGCUGCCUGGCAGGCACGACCACCCUCUGAGCUUGGGGCCACCUGAAGUGCGUCCGCCAGUACAGCCAUCAGCCGCCCUCCACCUGAGACGGCGGCGUGCAGGCUGCAGGUUGCUCACUCUACCUUCCUCACAGCUGUGGUUAAAACGCACGUUUCUCUUCAAGAAAAGUCUCAUGGGGGAGAAAGGAGAGUCUAUCAGAAACGUUCUAUUCUUUAAGGAAAACGUUUACAGCCCACAGGCUUUGCAGUGCUCCGCAGGGAAAGCCACAGCUCUUUAGGAGCUUUUAUUUUAAUAGGGUUGGUGCUUAUCUUUUAAUAAGAUUUAAAUACCACAAAUUGUAGCACAAAUAAUAUAAUUUAUAAUUUACAAAUUGACUAAUAUUGGGGAUAGUAUGAUAUUGGAAAAAAUAAACAUGUUUCUGUUUAUUAAUAAAAACAUCAGGUGUCCAGAACUGCUAACCCUGGACACCAACACUGAGUGCGCGGCCCCUCCAAGGCGUGGGGAGCUUGGGGUGCCACCACCCCGAGCCUGCAAGCAAGCAAAGCGCUGGCCCUGCUGCUCCUCCGUCUGCAUCGCUGCAGGCCCCACCCACUGUCCCCAAGCUCUUUAUUCCCUCUUGCGGGGCCCUGGCCGUGGGCAGCCACAGUGGGGUGGUCCGACCUGCUGGCACCCUGGACGCCCCCCCCACCCCCGGCCCAGAGCAGCCGCCUCCCACCGAGAGCUCAAGGGGCCUUGGCUCCCACCAGUCCUUGCCCUUCCCUCCUGCAUUGGGUUUGCUGUCAUCCGGAAGAAUACUUGAAAUUUUGUUCUUUGUAAAAGAAAAAAUAUUUUUUAUCUUUUGUUAAAAUCACCUGUUAAUUUUGUUUGCAAAAUUGUAACUUUUUUGCUUCUUCUCAGGAAUACGAUUUUCAACUGUUGUCUUGCUCUUGAUACAGACUGAGAAGCAGCACCUGUUUGUGAGAGAAGGCCUCCUUCCCGAAUUCUAAUA